UAGUCAAACUAGAGUAUUGUUCAUCACCAUGGAAACCCUAACUCUGAUCACCAUCCUCCUCUUUCUCCUCCUUAUUCUCCUCACCAUACUCCGGCGACGCCGACAUUCACCAGUGACCAGAACCCAAAAACCAGUCAGGCUCUUUCCUGGAACUCAUGAAGAACAGCCACCGGAUCUUAGACUGGACAACAGAUCUCCUCCUCUCCAACCCCUCCGGCACCGUCUCAACCUUCAUGGCCAUCAUCACCUCCAACCCUUCCAACGUUGAGCACAUCCUCAAGACCAACUUCAACAACUACCCAAAAGGCUCCUCCUUCACCUCCAUCCUCCAUGACUUCCUCGGCUCCGGCAUCUUCAACGCCGACGGCGACCACUGGCGUCUCCAGCGCAAGACUGCCAGUCUCGAGUUCUCCACCAAAGCUAUCCGUGCCUUCAUCCUCUCUCGCGUCCAUCUCGAGUCCAUCUCUCGUCUCCUUCCUCUCCUCACCUCUGCUUCCGUCUCCGGCGAGAUCAUCAACCUCCAAGACCUCCUCGAGCUCUUCACCUUCGACAACGCUUGCCAGGUCACCUUCGGCCAUGACCCCUCUCUUCUCAACGCUUCAUCACCGUCCUUCUCCGACCGUGAGCUCGCUCUGGCCUUUGAGGAAGCCACACAGCUCAGCGUUCGCCGCUUCUCUCACCCUUUCCCGUUCAUCUGGAAGCUCCAGCGUUUUCUCAACCUCGGCUCCGAACGCCGGCUCAGAGAAGAGGUUGCAAAGGUCCAAGCUUUCGCCAUGGAGGUUGUAGUGAUUGUGGUUAAUAAUAUGCUCCCCACUACUUUUUUCUUUAUCUAUUUACGAGAAUUAAGAAAACUAUCCCAAAAGACAAUCCUGUAUGUUUCAAUAUUCACCUGAAAUUUCUGAUUUUUUUAUUUUUUUU